ACCAUACAAGAAGAAGAAAAAUCUCACCUUCCUUCUUCCUUCCCUUUAGCCCUCCUUCCUUAUAAACUGCCCACAUCUCUCCUUUGCUCUCUUCACACCAAAUCCAAACUCAUUUUGUUUGAUUGGUACUCCUCCUCUCCAUAAGUUCCUCUUGAUUAAGGGAUUUUGAUGAAGGGUUCAAAGGGUCAAUAUUGCCCUUUAGGUUCAGAAAUGGAGAAGAAAGAUGGGUUUUUCUGUGAGAGUUGCUCGAAAUUGCUUGAGUUGUCAGCUGCAGAUGAUGUGGCUGGGUUCAUUGGUGAAGUAGAAGGGAAGGGGUGUGAUGUUAAUGAGCUGAGCUUGUGGUAUGGUAGGAGAAUCGGGUCGAGAAAGAUGGGGUUAGAGGAGAGGAGCCCUCUUAUGAUUGCUUCGAUGUAUGGAAGUGUUGAGGUUCUCAAGUAUAUUGUUCAGACUGGGAAGGUUGAUGUGAACAUGGCUUGUGGCUCGGAUGGGGCGACUGCCCUUCACUGCGCUGUGGCUGGUGGCUCGGAGGCGGCUGCUGAGGUUGUCAAGAUCCUCAUUGAUGCUUCGGCUGAUGUGAAUUGUGUUGAUGCUAGCGGGAACAAGCCCUGCAGCUUGUAUGCUCCUAAUUCGAAGUUCUCGGGAGGGCUUAAGAGAAGAACCUUGGAGUUGUUGAAAGGCGAGGUUGCUGAUGAGGAGGAUGGAGACGAGAAAACGGUGGCUCCGUUGGUGAAAGAGGGAAGUGACAAGAAAGAGUAUCCUAUCGAUACUUCGUUGCCCGAUAUAAAUAAUGGGAUAUACGGGACUGAUGAGUUCAGGAUGUAUAGUUUCAAGAUUAAGCCGUGCUCGAGGGCUUAUUCUCAUGACUGGACCGAGUGUCCUUUUGUUCAUCCGGGCGAGAAUGCGAGGAGGCGUGACCCGAGGAAGUAUACGUAUAGUUGUGUCCCGUGCCCCGAGUUCAAGAAGGGGACUUGUGGAAAGGGCGAUGCGUGUGAAUUUGCCCAUGGUAUAUUUGAGUCCUGGCUUCAUCCCGCUCAAUAUAGAACUCGUCUGUGCAAGGACGAGACCGGGUGCUCGAGGAAAGUAUGCUUCUUUGCUCACAAGCCCGAGGAGCUUCGUCCACUGUAUGCAUCUACUGGCUCGGCUAUUCCUUCACCAAAGUCCGUUUCGGUCAGUUCGAUGGACAUGGCAACUUUGAGCCCGCUCGCUCUCGGUUCUUCGUCUUUGUUGUUGUCUACUACUUCAACCCCGCCCAUGUCUCCAACCGUUAGUUGCUCGUCUCCAAUGUGGCAGAACAAGAUGAACUUCACCCCGCCUACGUUACAGCUUCCCGGUAGCAGGCUGAAGACAGCUCUGAACGCCCGGGAUUUGGACCUCGAGAUGGAAUUGCUUAGCUUGGAAAGUAUUCGUUCCCAACAACAACAACACAGGCAGCAAUUGGUUGACGAGAUGGCUGGUCUCUCGUCACCGUCCCAUUGGAAUAAGGACUACAAUAGGCUCGGGGAUUUCAAGCCUACUAAUCUCGAUGAUGUAUUAGGCUCCCUCGAUUCGCCCUUGGCUUCCCAAUUGCAAUGCCUCUCACCGAAGCUCACGAUUGCCACCGCUUCUCAGUUGCAAUCUUCGAGCCUGUCUCAAUUGCAAUCUUCCCAGCUGCAAUCCCCGACUGGCCUACAGAUGCGCCAAAACAUGAACCAACUCCGAGCUAGCUAUCCCGCCACGCUAUCCUCUUCUCCAGCUAGGAAGACAUCUUCGUACGGGUACGACUCGUCUGCAGCAGUGGCAGCUGCAGUCAUGAACUCGAGGUCUGCUGCUUUCGCAAAACGCAGCCAGAGCUUCAUCGACCGCAGUCACCACGCUGCAAACUCCCCAGCCUUGGGGGCAUCUAGUCUCUCGGAUUGGAGCUCCCCGGGCGGGAAAUUGGAUUGGGGCUUCAACGGCGAUGACCUAAACAAACUCAAAAGAUCCGCCUCGUUUGGCCUUCGGGGCACAAAUGCUGCAGCUUCAAACCGAACCCCAAUCACUCCACACGCAAACGAGCCAGACGUGUCUUGGGUUCACUCGCUAGUGAAAGACGUUUCUUCCGGCAGCGCAGGGCUAUAUGGAGCAGAACAGAAACGCGGUGGGGUCCACGAUCCCAACCCAUCGUGGAUCGACCAGAUGUACAUAGAGCAGGAGCAGAUGGUGGCUUAGGUAACAAACAUCUCUGCCAUGAAUUCUCCUCCAUGGCUAACUCAAUAUUCUUUCAUAUUCUUAUUACUAUACUUGAAUAUAUCUAUCUAUAUAUCUAUAUAAGUCUAAGUAGUUAUUAGGGUUAAGAAAAACCAUGGAUAGGGAGAUUACUGAUUAAUUCUUUUGAGAAUCACAAGGACCUCUUAGCUUGAAAACAAACUGAGAAUUCUUUUAGUAUUCUUGUAUUUCUUUGUAUUCCUUAAUGUAUUCACAAUAUAUUAUAUGAAAUAAACAAGAGAAGAGGAUGUUUGUCUCA